CUCUCUUGUUUUGAGUCACCUAUACAGAGAGCGAGCAUCACAACUCUUUGUUGAGGAUGGAUCAGCUAGUUGCAGAGGAGAGCAUGGAAACUCCAUCAAACCAAAAUACAACAGAGCAAUCAUCAAGACCCAGCAGAAAGGGUGGCUUUAGAACCAUGCCCUUCAUCAUAGUGAAUGAAUCAUUUGAGAAAGUAGCCAGCUACGGACUGAUGCCGAACAUGAUCUUCUAUUUGAUGAACGGAUAUCACAUUGAGACUGCAAAUGGAACAAGCAUAUUGUUCAUGUGGUCAGCCAUAUCCAAUGCCCUAGCUAUUGUGGGCGCUUUCCUCUCUGAUUCUUUCUUGGGCCGGUUCUGGGUCAUCGCCUUGGGAUCCUUCUCUAGCCUUCUGGUUAGUAUUUUGUGACUUUUCUUCCUAUAAUCCACAGCUCGAUCUGCUAGCAUUUUAUAGUAGUAGUACUACCUCUCAUAGAGUUGCAAUAACUAGCCAAAGCUUAUGUAUAUUUUUUG